UCUAUACGCGCAUAAAACUGGACUACGGAGACCUUAGACAAAUAGUGCCUGCGAUUUCAUACCUAGCCAACCCCAAUCUGUUUUACGACUAGUUUGACAUAUUCUACUCAUUUUGCUGCUAUUUGAUCAACGUCAGAAUAUACUGUUGAAUUUACCUCUUAUGCAUCCAGGGGAAAAAAUACAUCUGAAUAUGAUUCUAUAAUCAAUUUCUAGUGCAACGCUAUCCCAUGAUAACUCGCGCAUUGAUCCACUGUGCAAUUUUGGUGGGGGUAAAUUUAAUCACGUGCUGCUUCGGCAGCCAAUAGCAGCCCGGAAAGCUUUGAGAAAUAAUUACCUGCCUUGAUUGUUCUAUGGGUGGAUAGAAAAGUACACAUACACUCCAAAUAAUAAUCGGAUGCAUGUAAAAGAGACGGGCAGCAUCGACAUGUCGGCCACGGUUCCCAUAAGUAAUUAUUAUGUAGAUUCCUUGAUAAACCACGAAAGCGAGGAUGUUCUUGCGGCUCGAUUCUCGGCUUCUGGUUCGCACCCUACCUGCCCUCGUCCGACGUCCCUCGUACCGGAGUGUGGUGACUAUCCCUCCUGCAGCUUUGCCGCUAAACCAUCCGUUUUUACUACAUCUUGGACCCCUGUUCACUCCCAGUCCUCAGUGGUUUACCAUCCAUACAGCCAUCAACCUCAUCUAGGAACGGACUCAAGGUAUGUGCGGUCAUGGCUGGAGCCGAUCUCGGGGGCCAUGUCCUUCCCAGGCUACCCGGCCAACGCCAGGCACUAUGGGCUGAAGCCCGACGCCUUCCAUGAGCAUCGAGCCAGUGACUGCCUCCCCUCCAACGAACGAACCUACACGGAUUAUAUAUACUGCACCACCGCUGACAUCCGAGAAAAGACACAACCAAACAUCCCUUCUCCCGAGACCGAGCUUUUGGCUUCCGGGAAGCAUAAAGACGAGAAGCCAGAAUUAGACCCGAAUAACCCAGUGGCAAACUGGAUUCACGCGCGUUCAACAAGGAAGAAGCGGUGCCCUUAUUCAAAGUACCAGACUCUCGAACUCGAAAAGGAGUUUUUGUUCAAUAUGUACCUAACCAGAGACCGUCGAUACGAGGUGGCAAGCGUCCUCAACCUCACGGAGAGGCAGGUCAAAAUCUGGUUCCAGAACCGGCGGAUGAAGAUGAAGAAAAUGAACAAGGAAAAAACCGACAGCAACAAAGAACAAUAAUAAAGGAAUGGUUACAACAACGACAAUGGACAAAAACAAGAAUCAGACAACAGUAAAAUAACCACUACUGCCAUGGACAACAACAAAGAUAAACAAAAAUACAUGACGGCCCCUUCUUAAUGUUGGAUUUUGUGUUGGAUGUUGUUUUGUUUUUUGUUUUUGUAUUAACCCCACCUUCCAUGUUUGAUAAAAAAAAAAAAUCUCCACGUGCACCUUUCUUUGUCCAGGUUUAAAAGAACCCACUUGUAAGGAAAGAAAAUAUUCUGCACUUAUGAAGAUACCUGUAGGCCUAUGUGUUUAUUUACAUAAGGGACAUUUUAGUUAAACAUAUUUUGAACAAAUGUAUAACUGCCCCGAACUAUAAGGAAUGGAACACUGGAAUUAUUUUAAUUUCUUCACUCCAUAAACGCUCUGGAUAAGAGCGUCUGCUAAAUGAUGUAAAUGUAAAAAUGUCCGUGCGAAUAUUUCUUACAUGUUUGUUUCUUGUGAAUUUUAUGCAGGUGUUGUAACAUAUUUUGUACAGAAAUAGAACAUCUGCCGUCUUAACAAAUGUAUGUCUGUCUUGUGUAUAUGUGGUAACGUAUGCGUUCGGUGUACCUAUUUGUGCAUUUCAUAUUAUUUUGAUUGUAUAGACACGUGCCAUUCAUUAUAGAAAGUGUAGAUAUAGGCCUACUCAAAUAUAAACAUUAUCAUGAGA